CCUUCUUUUAGAGACAAUAUGUCCUGGAGAGAGUGAUGCCUUGAAAGAUGCCAUGUUUUCAAAACUAGAAACGUCUUACACUCACUACGAGUCUCCGUCACUUAUUGAGGCUUUAACCGAGAGUUACUUAAAAGCUGAGACACCAACAAUUCGGCGUCAAAUAUUGUCUGUUCUUACCACCCAGGCCAGUUUUCAAGACGUUAAUGCCAUGAUUCCAUCUGUUACUCAACACAAAUUUUACUCUGCAAAGAAACAUGCUAGGGAAUUGGGAGUUGGAGUACCAGUGCCACAUGAAAAACAAGCUAGAGAAAAAGUAGACUCUUCAAAACUUGAACAUUUCUUGGACUUCAUAACAUCAAGUCAUGUCAUUAAGGACCUACCGCUGGGGGAGAAGACCCUAACCCUAACUACAGGGGAGUUAAUUCAAACACCAUAUGUCAUCAGAUGUUUAGCACCUGCGACAAUUGUAAGACAGUAUUCCCAGCUGUGUUUAGAAGAAAACUUUGAAGCCAUUGGACAGAGCACCAUGUACAAGAUUUUGUCAGAGUGUAGUGCUGCAGUGCGCAGAUCUGUUGAAGGAGUUGACUACUAUGUUGCAGAAGCUAGUGAGGCUUUUCGUGAAUUAGAACAUGUUGUUCGGGAAAUGCAAAUUCCUUUGAAUGAGCAGAAGAGAAUGUUGGAGAACCUCAUGAAAGCCAAGUAUUAUUUAAAGGCUGAUUACAAAAUGCAUGUCAGAACAUCUUCAAAUGUAGCUGACCACUGCCUUGCUCAUGCCCUUAGUCAAGUUGACAGCAUAUUUUUCGAAGAGAAUUGUUCUCAUGAACAUACUCAUGCUUGUCUGCAAUGCAAUGAACUGGAUGAACUUUUGUCAUCACUUACGAAACUGACCAAAACCAUGGACUGGGACAAUCCUGAUGCAUACAUGUUUAAGGUCCAAAGGUCUGUGACUGCCAUUAAGGACCUCAAGGCACAUGUACUGAGAUCAAAAAACCAAGAUGUUGCCAGAGUAGACAUCACUGCCAACCUUGAGGAUGGAGAUCUUUUCGUUGUUGCUGACUGGGCCAUGAAGUUCCUACCCAGAAAAUUCAGAGAAGGACAAACUGACUGGUUUGGAAAGCGAGGCAUUAAUUGGCACAUUGCUGUGUGCGCUACAAAGCACAAUGAUAUUUUUGAGCUGGUUACCUAUGUACAUGUCCUUGAUACACAGUCCCCGCAAGAUUCCAAACUCACAGCAGCAUUGAUAGUAGACGUUGUCAAGGAUAUUGCAAGUAGAAAGAACAUACAGAAAGUUCAUUUAUGGUCCGACAACGCAGGAUGUUACAAGAGUACCUACACUCUUCAUGCAUUAUAUCAGGAACUGCAUCCACUGAUUAAGACGCACAAUUUUUGUGAAGCCCAGGACGGAAAGGGCCCUUGCGAUCGCAAAGCAUCACAUAUUAAGUCAGCCAUAAAGCGAUAUGUCAAUGAAGGAAAUGAUGUUCUAGAUGCUUCACAAAUGAAAAAGGCUAUUGACACUCAGCAAAAAGGACAGUACAAAAUCAAAGUCGUCACUCCAGUUAUCGAUGCUGAUGCUGAGAAAGCAAGUGUGAAAGCCAUUCCUAACAUUUCAUCUCUGAACAACUUUGAGUUUAGCCCUGACGGAUUGCGAGUAUGGAAGGCAUACAAUAUUGGGCCAGGCAAAUUAUUACCAUGGACAUCUGCAACUGUGCCAUUUAUGCAGUUAAAUGUCAUCAAGCCAUGGACAAAUGAAGUAAAUCCUGCUGUUCUUUCUCCAGAUGAUGAGAUAGAGAUUACAGAAAGAAAUGAAUUUUCAGAGUCGGUACCAAAAAAAAGGAAAACGGUAGAUCAUGUGUUUAGUUGUCCCAAUGAGAACUGCGACAGAUCAUUUCGUACCUUAACUUCUCUGGAAAAUCACAAUCUUCUAGGUAACUGCAGUGACAGAUCAGAGAGAAACCUUCUAGAUAGGUGCAAAAUUAUGUAUCAGAACAAGUUGUCAGCUUUGAAUACAACUUGUCCGUCAUAUGAUGAAGGCAUUAUUACAAGGGAAUGCACAGAGCCAAUCAAACAAACUGGAUGGGCAUUGAAAAUGAAAAAGCCAAAGGUUUUGUUUACUGAGGACCAAAAAGACUACCUUACUGAAAUAUUCAAGGCAGGCAAAACUACUGGGAAAAAGGAGGAUCCAAGUAAAGUGGCAAGAGACAUGCCUUAUGUACUUAUAAAUGGAAGAAAGCGUUUCGGAAUGGAGGACUACUUGACACCAACACAAGUAGCAAGUUUCUUUUCAAGACUCUCUCAGAAAGACAGAAAAUGUGAUGCUGGAGAUUUCUUGGCAGCAUCUUCUGAUAGAAAUUUGAAUGAUCUGAAAGACGAAAUUCUUUCACAUAUAUAAUGCUUCAAUUUAGAAAUAGAUAACAAGAUUAACAUUUUCAUGGGAAUUAAAGUGGGUUAGUGAUGUGAUCAAGAUUUGAUCACGAGCUAACUCACUUCUAUAGGCAUUGAAAUUUUCACUCUUGUUAUUCAUUACUAAUACAUUGUAUAUACAUUUGUGACAGAGAAUUGAAUAUUUUGAAUAUAAAAUUAUUGCAGUUAAUGAAAAGUUUGUAGGGUGUAAAUCGGCUUGAAUAGCUGUUAAUAAGCUUCAAAUUCAUCAGGCAAAGAAUUCUAGGGUAUUUUGAGGGGAAUGUUUUGUUAAAGGCUAUCUAUGAUCAGUAGUUGUGAUCAGAUUAGUAGCUAGGGAUAUAUGUAUUUGUGGAAAUUGAAAGUAAAAGCUAAAAAGCCACAAGAAACAUGUGCAAAGAUUGAUGAUAAAUAAUUGUCAGAAUUUCGGUUGCCCAGAAAGGGAUUGAUGGAGACACUUGUCCCAGUCACAGUCAAUUUGCAAUCAAGUAUUAAAUUUUAUCAAAACCUUAAAUAAAGGAUUUCAGUCAGGCAUAUUUAUUAUGUAUAUGUAGACACAGUGUCACUGUUGACAGCUUACAUUAUUAAUUUAAACAAUAUUUAUUAAAUACAUUACAGCUCACAUUAUUAUGACAACAGCGUUUGUUGCCAUAAUUUAUUAUUUUUAUAAACUGAUUUGUAAAUUGCCCCAAUUCAGUUAUACCAUAUAAAAUGGGUAUAGCUAUAAAAUUCAUUUCUUAAAUAAUAGAGAGAUACCACAAAUGUAUAUAUUUGUUAAUAUGUGUAUAUUAAUGAAGGAAAAUACACAUGCUUAUCUUGUUCUGUUACAAAUUUUUGUUAAAAUCUUUUUAGUAAAGAUUACAUUGUAUGCAUGUGUAUUACAAAUUGCAUUUCUCCUCAUCUUUUGCCAAAUAUUUAAUUUGCUCUGAAAUGUAACAAAAUUGCAUUUAAAUAAUUUUCACAAUUUUUUAUGUGCCAUGUUUCUUCACAAAUCUGUUCAGUGUUCAAGCAUUUAAAAAGGUCUAGAUUCUGUUGAUAACUGUUGACUAUUACAUUCAUUCCAUAAAAUUUUUAAAUCAAGCAUGAAAUAUUGCCAAAAAUGUAAUUUUUGGCAUAGUGCCAAAAUAUACAAUAUUAACAAUAUGAUUGCUCUUUUGUAUGAAGUUUAAUUUUUGUUUUUCAAAUGUGUUUUUAAAAAAUGGAUUAUGUUUGUUAUUGUCUAGCAAUUACAUUUCUUCUCAUUGCUUGAUAAAUUUAUUUAAAAUGCACCCAGAAAUAGAGAAAGUGCCAAAAACAUAGAAAUUUCUUACCAUGGUUUCUCUAGAGUGUGAUGUUUCUCCAUAAAUUUUAUUUUGCUUUUUACAAGUCAAGAUUAUGCUUGUUUACUGUUUAUAAUUACAUUUAUUCCAUGUAUUUGCCAAAUGUUUUAAAAUCAUGUGUGAAACAACAGCAAAAAUGCACUUUUUGGCACGAUGCCAAAUAAUAAAAAUUUGCAUGAACACUAUGCAAAUACCUUUUAUCACAGACUUAUUAUGAUUGCAGGUUUUAAUAGAUCUAUCUGAGGAAGAAUAAAAUUUAUAAUGAUUGUUUGCUAUUUAUAUUAGAAUUAAAUUUACUGUGGGAUUAAAAAGGGUCAAAACUGGGCUAAUUUCACAGCUAUAAACCACUUUAAGAUACCCUGGUUGGUUUCCAUGGCAACGGAUGAUAAUUUUUUUGAUUUUUAUUCAUUUUUGUGAAAGAUAGGUGAAACAAAGUCAGCACCUAAAAAAUCAUUGAAAUCUGUGACAUCAAGUGGCCAGGCCUCUUCCAAUUUCUUUGAUUUUUACAUAGAAUCAGUGUUAAG